CGCUGUGUAGAUUCGAUGACAAUUUUCUGUGUUCGCAGCCAACUUCAAUCAGCUCAAGCAUGCGCUAACAGAGCUCUGUUUACUAACAAACCAGAUUUGGCGCUAAAACACAAAAGCAGCUGUUUUUAUUUGUCAACGAUGAAUUAUUUUCCAAAUUAUUAUUCAAUUGAAGACAUAUUCGUGACCCAGGAAAAGGUUGAGUGCAAGGUCAAUACACGCCUACAGCGCAUGGGCUUUUUGGAUGCCGGCGCUGAAACGGAAGAUUUGGAACCCGGUCGCACCAUCAAUCUGCCGCUGUGGUACAUCAAGGAGCUGAAAGUGAAUAAUGCAUAUUUCACGAUAGCCCUGCCCGAUAUCUACAAGAACGUGCACAAGGCCGUCUGCGAGGCAGAGACCACACACAUCGAACUGGGCCGGCUGCAUCCGUUUUUCUACGAGUUCGGAUGCUACCUGACGCCGUACGAUCGCAACCAUGUCAUUGGCCGCAUAAUCUUCGAGACGCUGCGCCAACGCGUCCGGCACCUGCUCGACAUAUCGAAGAACGACGCUGACAGCAAGCCGGACCACCGGCUAGACAACAUUGAGGCUAAGCUGCACGAUGCCGGCGUCCGCACCAAUACCCUGUACAUCAACUGGCUGCAAAUGAGCGGCAACAAUAUACGCAUCUCGGAGCUGGUCGAGGAGCAUCAAAAGAAACGCAAACGUGCCGAUCGCAGCGACGAUGAAGGUGGAGGCGGUGCUGGUGGUAGUGGUGACAUGGACAUGCCCACAGGCAAGAAACCUAGCUGGUAAAGACGAUGAAGAAGACAAUUUUGGCACUUGGAGACAUUAAACAAAACUUUAUUUCAUGCUCACACUUAAGUCGUACUUCUAAAAUAAAUGUAAAACAAUUUCUCAAAAAAAAAAAAAACAAACAAAGAAAUUCGCAAAUUAAUGGAAAGCAAAACAAUAUUCGGCUAGCCGAAAAUGAAAAGACUUGACAGACUCAUUAUAUGAUAUUAUAUUAAGCUCGAACUUAAUUAAACUCUGUUAAAAUACCAAAGUUAAAAACCGAACGGUUUUUAUAUUUCUUUUUGCAGUUUUUGGCUAUUUCCAACUAAUGCAUUGCCUCAUAAUAUUUUCAAAGAAUUUAAAAAUAUGUUUAAGUGCAUAUGUACAAAGUCUAUUUAGAUUUAUGUAAUCGUUGCUUUUGAUUCAAUGUCUCGAAUAUUAUAUUCAUUUAGAAUUCAGUUUCACGUUCGAUGAAUACCGAUUUCGAACAGAACAGGAAUACAAGCAAUACAACCAUAUAUUAACAUCCAAAUUUGUAUCAAACAAAUUAUUGUUAUCAUAAGCAUAAAUCAAUUUGUUUUCUUCGCCUUUUUAGUGUUUAGUGUUAUCGUUUUGAUUUGUUGUAAAUAUGACGAGGGCUGCCCUCGAUUUUCUCAGUGUCUCACAAAAAAAAUUACAUACAUUUAAUACAAUAUAUAU